AUGCUCCUCGCCAAUAACUUGUAUGGAGUCAAGACUGACCCAGACACCCAUCAGAUUCUAUCCUUCUCAUCAGUGAUUCUCAGGUUUUUCCUGACAAAUCCAACAAUCAAACCCAUGACAGAUUUCGAGAAUGAGAUAGUGAAGCUUGUCUAUGAUUCUGGAAAGUAUAGAUUGAUUCAUGGACAGGUGGCUAGUGAUAACUUGGUGGCCAAGGAAGUGAAGAGGCUGGGCAACGAGACGGCACCAUGGUUGUCAGUGGCUCUGGCUAUCCUGUGUGCAUUCUUGGUGGUUUGCUCGUUGAGAUACCGUCGAAGCGAGUCGAAGCCCCUUGAAGCCUGCCUUGGAGCCCUUAUCCCGGUGCUCUCUGGUCUUACAACAGUCGGAAUGGUGUCAGCGACCGGUCUAGCUUUUCAAAGUAUCAUUGUUAGUACUUUAUUCCUGGUCAUUGCUAUUGGAAUCGACGAUGUUUUUAUCAUCCUGGCCGCUUGGCACAGAUCGGACAAGAAUUUGGAGAUUCCUGAGAGACUUGCGCUAACGGUGCAAGAUGCAGGGUGUUCUAUGACAGUUACUACAGUGACCAAUUUGGUUUCUUUUGGAAAUGGAGUGCUAUCGACUACGCCGGUUCUUCAGACAUUCGCCAUCUACUCCUCGGUUGCCAGUGUUGUCUGCUAUAUCUACCAACUUGUGAUCUUCCCGGCUAUCAUUGCUAUCACCGCGCCAAAAGAGUACAAGGAAUUGGGUAAAAUGGAGGAGGAGAAAACUUUCGAAUUCAUCGGAAGGCUAUCGGAAUGGUCGGAGAAGAUGUGGCAUCAGUUGGCAGCUAUAAUCGGCACAUAUUGGAUGAGAAUUCUCACAAUCUCAAUACUCCUCGGCUACUGGUACCUCUCAGUCUAUGGAAUUUUCUCAAUGGAAACCGACCUAUCGAUUCAAAAAAUGGCGGAUCAAAAGUCUCGAAUUGUGAAAUACAAAAAGGAAGCGGAUAUCAUAAUGAAGGAGAUGCAGUCAGUGGCAGUACUUGUCAAACAACCCGGGGAUCUCAGAAAACCAGAAAAUCUGGAAAACCUUCAGAAUCUGAUAAAAGAUUUCGAGGCUGCCAAGUAUAGUUAUGGAAAGGAAUCUACGAUUUGCUGGCUGCAAUCUUAUCUAGAUUUCCUUGCGUUUUAUGAGGAUUCUGAAGAAGAUUUUGAGGAGAUUUCUGGAAACUUCUCUGCUUCUGAUUCUGGAGCCAUCCACAAGACUGUCAACUUCACCUACACUGAUCUGCCGAACUUUCUAAACUCCGCCUCUCAUUUCAAUCCAAUGAUACGGUAUUCUGAGAAGGAUUGUGAGAAGAACUUGCCGAGUUGUCUCCAAAGUUUCGUUUUCUCUACUGGAUUCACCACAGUGGUUAGAUAUAAUGAGAUGUAUCCAGUGGUUUCUGAUUGGAGAAGAAUCGCUGCGAAAUACCCACAACUCGAAGUCUACCCAUACACCGAGCGCUCCAACUUUGUAGAUCAAACCGUUGAUAUGGUAGACAACAUUUGGAAUACAGUAAUCUCGGAAGUGAUCUGCAUGGGUCUCACUUUUCUCAUAUUCAUCCCUGAUGUCGUCUCCAUUUUUGCUGCGGUCUUCGCCCUUUUCUCUGUCAAUUUUGGAGUUUUUGGAUUCUUAUCCCUCUGGGGAGUUGGCAUGGAUCCAGUGUCCACUGCCUCUCUGCUGAUGUCCAUUGGAUUUUCUGUUGAUAUUAGUGCACACAUCAGCUAUCACUAUUAUCAAGUAGACAAGCCGACCGCCCGUCAAAAGUUGGAGCACGUCUUCACUCAUAUCGGAUGGCCAACUCUUCAGGGUGGACUGAGCACAAUGAUUGCGAUGAGCCCGAUUGUGAUUGCUCCGUCUUAUUUGGGAUUGGUGUUUCUGAAGACUGUCGUGUUAGUUUGUACCUUCGGGCUCAUUCAUGGUCUCAUUGUUUUGCCGGUUUUCUUGUCGUUCUUUGAGGAGGUGGCUGGAAGUUGCAGAACCAAAAGUGUGAAAAUAACUGACUCAACCACAUCGUCCACCCAUCAUCUCCCUACCACGAUCCAUGUCAAAGAUAUAGGAUAUCAUAACAAUAAUGAUGAGAAGUUCUAG